AGAAUGACACCUUACCAUAUAUUGGGUUGCUUCGAGUAUAAAUAUUUUGACAAUGACAGUUGACAUAUAGUUAAGAGUUAAUUAGCUGAGAGAUUCAAUAUAAACUGUAUCAUGUAUUAGGAACAAGAAUUGUAUUAAGUGACCCAAUGGUGAGCACAAUACGUUUUAUUCCUUAUACAUGAUAUUUAUCACACUGGAACACACGUGGUAAUAAUCACUUGAUCAUAUUAGCAUUAGAAAUUGGCACUAGUCCUGUGGUCCUUGCCAAACUGCCUACUAGUUAAGGUAUCGCAGGGACUAUUCGAAAUUUGCCAUUUUUAAAGGUUUUGUUAUAUGUUACAUUAUAAGGACUAGUGGACCAAAAAUGUUAGUUUCCACUGUUGUAUGUAUGUCAUUCUUAAAAUAUUCUAUGUAACAUCAGUCAGGGAAGUAACUUUUGAAACCGCCCUAGUGAACCGCCCUAUUUAUCAUAUAGUGCCAAAUGAUUUUUGAAUUUAUCUACAGAAUCACCCACACAUGAGAAAACCUCCAUUUAAACCUACUGGGAACAGAAGACAAUUGUUUAUUGUGCAAGCAGACAUUGACUGGAUGUAUGGAGCAUAAAAGAAGUCUUCCUAGACCUGUGGCCUCUUAUGAAUAAUUUAUUGGAUCGUGACCUCAAGUUCAUCAAAUUGGGUUUUGCAUGGAUAACAUUAUUAAACUGAUUACACCAUAUUCCAAGUGCAAUGAAAACUAUUUUUUUUCUAAAUCAAAACCUUCAUUGUAAAUAAUGAUCUUCAAGGGCGGAUCAAGCAUUUGAAAAAAGGAGGGAUCAAAAAUAUCAAAAUCCUCUCUCAGAUAAUUUUACAGCCUACAACAUACUACAUUGUUUUUUAAAAAAGGGGGGCUGACCCCCUGGACCCCCUUUGGAUCCGCCUAUGAUCUUAUGAAAAUACUUUCAAAAUUUUUGAAACAAUAUUUUCUUUCCGUUUGUCUUUACAUCAGAAGAUAGUGCACCCUGGCACACUGCAAACGGACUGCCCUGUUUGUUUGUUUUUAUAUCUGUUACAAGCUCGUACGCCGCGUGACACCGUCGUUUCCCUCUAUCGCUGUGAGGAGCUUGAAUAUGUUGGUGACACUUGUCUCGUUUCCGCUCGCAUCUUAAUUUCCGUAACCUACAUGAAGGCUUACCUGACAGUUGUGCUAAGGUUUGUCCCUUGUUUCACAAAAUCACGAAUAUAAGUUGUGAUGAGCAGAUGAGGACAGAGCUGUGAGGCGCAUGCCCAGACGUCGUGGAUCCUCGUAUCACACAACUUCGAUCGACAUGUAACUUCGAUCGGCCAUUUUGACUGAUAUUUCUAACGAGAAAUUACGAUAACUGCAGAUUUGAUCUUUUGCCGACACUGCUUUUGUUCCCGGACAGAAAAAUGCCUCGUGACAAGGUACCAAACGUUCUGACCAAUGGUGAACCACCUAAAAGAGGCCAAUAUAGGCAAUACUUGACCGCAGCCCUAGACAAGGCAUAUACUGCUGUUUUGGAGGGGAUGUCAAUUAGGAAGGCUGCCACUACCUUUGCUGUUCCGUUUGCUACGCUUCACGAUAGAAUUAGUGGGAAAAUCUCAACUGAAUGUGUUACCACUGGUAGAGAAACCCUGUUAGCCAGAGAAGAAGAGCAGGAACUGGUAUCUCAUAUUGACACCAUGGCAAAGUUUGGAUACGUCUAUACGAGGACUGACGUAACCGCUAUAGCCACAGAUCUAGCAGUUCAUCUUGGAAAGAAAUCAAGGGAUGAAAAGCCCCUAUCACUACAGUGGUUCUACGGAUUUUUGAAACGAUGGCCUGAUCUGUCAGUAAAAAAGCCACGAUCUCUAGAGAUACAGAGAGCUAACGCAACCUCGGAGGAAACCGUCACUCAUUAUUUUAAUGAGCUUGGCCACAUCAUGGACAAGUUCAACCUGAGGACAUGCCCUCAUCGUAUAUAUAAUGUUGAUGAAAAGGGACUUGUGGAGAAUCAUACCCCGCCAUCAGUAGUCACAUCGAGUCAGAGUACUCCCGCUGCAGUGACCACGUCCAGAUGUAGCACAACAACUGUCAUAGCCUGCGGAAGUGCAACUGGUUGUUGUAUACCACCAUUUUUCGUAUUUCAAGGCAAAAGUAUGAGCGAAAAACUCCUUACAGGAAGUACCCCUGGAGCGGCAGGCACUGUAAGCGACUCUGGCUGGUCAAACACCGAGACUUUUCAACACUAUCUGACAGAGCAUUUCCUGAAGCAUGCUGUCGCCGCGUCUGCCGAUAGUCCUCUUCUUGUCCUGUACGAUGGCCACAGAGCCCACGUAUCUAUACCACUGAUCGAAUGGGCACGUCAGCAUCACAUUAUUUUGUUUGUACUGCCUGCACGUGCGUCUCAUGCUUUACAGGGGGUGGAUGUUGGUUGCUUUGGACCUUUUGCGAAAAUAUACAACAAACUCCGUGACGAGUAUUUGCAGGAAAAUGCCCAAAGUUUGGUUGAUACAUAUUCGGUUUGUGGACUAGGCUGUGAAGCUUACAACCUGUCGCUGACACCAACAAAUUUGCAGUUUUAGAGUCGAAUGAACGUUCGCUGCAACCUGAUACUGAGGAAAGUGAUUCAAGCGUGACAGUUGUAGACAAGGAUGUCACUUCACCUACUGAAGCCGACGAUGUCGGUGAUGAAGCAGGCCACGUUAAAGACAAGGCGGCUGUACUGCACGAGCAUCCUGUGCCAAGUAAGAAAAGAAAGGUACCUGGCGCUGUUGUCGGGGACAAGGUAGACUAACAUCUAGUCUCUGAAAUGAACAUACCGUACAGAAAAAAAAGUUUAAUUAUCUUAAAAAGAAUUAAUAAAGAGGAGCCCAGAGACAAGACUUGCCAAACAUUAUAGACUUGCAUGGGCUGUAUUUGAUAUAUUUGUAUGAGGGUCUGUAGGACAAACUUGGGACAAGGCUAUCACCAAAAAAUAUUCUGAAUAACAUUAUUUCCCAAUCAGACGGACACAUCGGCACUAAAAAAAGAAAACAAGCUGAUAUAAGACAUGUAAAUCUGCAUCAGAGCCUACAGUCACUGAGACGAAUGCAAGACUUCUGGAAAGUUACGACUCAACGCGCAACAGGAUGAUAGUAUUGAUUCGUACGAUAUUUGGGUUGGAGAACACCCGUGUCUGAAGUAGAAACAAGACUCCAAAACGGAAAGUGCUUCGCGGAAAAACGCACGUGAAAUCUGUAAUACGAAAGCCAGCUGUGGCUUCCAAAUCCAUGCAGUAAUCAGUCGAGCCGGGGUUGUCAAAGGGGCAACAUGUCCAUUAUUCCCGGUAAGGGAUAUUGUUGGGCUCGGCUCAAAGUUGAUCUUGAGUAGGUCAGACUGUUGUCAAAUAGGCAACAGGGGAAACUAGUCCCAGUAAGGGACAUUGAACUUUAUAUUUAACAGAACCAACUGUUAGCAAAACCUAAAAACAUGUCUCCACUGUUUGGGAGACGUUUGUAGAUAAAUUUGUAUAUACUUGUGGGUUCAUUAAAGGUGUACAAUAUAUUUUGUCUUGACAUUUUGGAUGGUGAAGUAAUCAUCACUUCAAUAGUGAUGGGAAUGAUGGUGACGAACUUUGUUGAAAUGUAGACAGUUUGCGUACCUGUUGAAGCCCGAGCCAGUGUAUCGUCAAAGAUAACCUGGGUACACUGUCACCACUUA